CUUUCUCCACGGGGUUUUUCCCCCGUAUGUGCGCAUCAACGUUACAAGAAAAACCGUGAGAGGGACGAGGCCUUGGUGAUAAGGACAAACCCUGCUGGACCUCGUUCUCCUCCUCCCGAGCUCGUCUCUCGCGGUUCGGUAUGUCUUUGAGCCUGCUCCCCCUCUCGCCAUGCCCGCUGCUGAACGCUACCUGCCGCCGCUGCUGCCGCUGCUCUUUCUGCCGUCGCUGCUUUUGAUUUCGUGCCUGGAUGGGCCGGUGAGAGCAGCGGAGGAGGGCGGCGGCCUGCCCUCCUCCUCGCCCGGGGACAAUGGCCUCACCGUUGCGGUCGGAGACCCGUCUGCCACCGACCCGACCGCCCGAGGGCGACUCCUCAGCCCCUCCGCGGCAGAGUCCCCGUUCGCCUUGAAGGUCUUGGUAAGGGACAUGGUGACCCGUCAGCCGCUGCCGGGUGCUUCAGUGGAGGUUUAUGUAAACCACACACUGAGGAGCUCUGCCCAAACAGGGGAGAGAGGUGACGUUCUGCUCUGGGUAGCGUACAGUCCAGUCCUCAGUCUGACUCUGCUGGGCACCAUGGAAGGCUACGUCCCGAGUCCGCUGCCCUGGAGCACCACCAAGAGACCGAUUUUCUCUGCUGUGACGUUGCUGCUGCUCCCUCACAGUCAGGGGAACAUCUGGCUGUUUGAAGACUCGGUACUCAUCACCGGGAAGUUACCUGACAGCUCCUCCCAACCCAAGGUUAAGUUCCCCAAGAACCUCCUCCCGUUGUCUGACAAGAGCAACAUCUCCUCACUGACAGCGUACCUGACUGUACCACAGCACCACCUAGCUAGAGACUGUGCCAACUGCACUCCAGGCAUCAUCAGCAGCAAAUCAGUGUUGAGAAGCAUCGAGCUGAAGGCGGUGGCAGCCGUCAAUGUCCUGCUGUACUCCGGUGGUGAGGAGCUCCAGGUUCGAGGGCCCAUUCAGAUCAGCCUGCCCCUGGGACACCGCACGCGCCUCAGGGCUGCUGAUACUGUGCCUGCCUGGGCCUUUAACCUGAAAACUGGUGCCUGGGAGAAUCAGGGUCUGGGAAUAGUGAGAACAAUUGGUGAUGAGCUGGUUUGGACCUACACCGCUUCCCAUCUGGGCCACUGGAUCGCUGCCCCCCUUCCCUCACCAAACGAUUACCUGGGACAUGGAAGCUCUUUGGAUUUCCUAUCAUACCACAGCUACCUGUUGAUGGGAAUACUGGGAGGAAUGCUGGCUUUGGUGAUUGGACUCCUUUCCUUGCUGCUGUGUCAGUGCGGAAGUUCUCAUCGAGAGCCCAGGAGGAGGAGAGCACGCUUUUCCAAACUCACAGUGGUGAAGAAAGACCAGACCACCUCCACCCACAUGGAAGAGGGUUUACUGUUCCGUUCUGGUGACAACAGCCUCGCUUCCUGCAGUGUCCAGUGUGAACCCUCGUCCACGCCGAGGCACAAGGCCAACUACAACAUCUACGUGGAGGAUCCAGGGAGUCGCCUGGCUGCUGCUUUUUAUGAGAACAUUGCUGCGGAUCGGAUCAAAGGCCCACAGCCGUCAUCUCACUACAUCAACAGCGAAGAGGUGGCUCGGCUUCGGGACAAGUCGGAGCAGAACCGGGCCAACAUGAACUCUGACAACUUCUUUCAAGAUAAGCUGGUUCAUAUCUACAACCAGCCGCUGGCUAUUAUUCAGGCGCCGGAGCUUUUUAGUGCUCAGGAGCAGCAACUGUCGGGCUGCAAGUCUGCUACUUUCCCCCGCAAUGCAGUUGAGUAUGAUGCUCACUCAGAGCCUUCAAAUAAAGACAGCUACACCCAGACACUACCCAAAGUCCCUCACCACCACUCCCAAGGUGGGAGCAGCCCACAGCAGAGCAACCAAGAUGAGCCCCAGCCUCUGGAGACUCCUCCCCAAGGCCAAGGCCCUAACGCGGGCGUGUGGGGACGCUACAGUAACCUCCUCGAAUCCUCCGUCUCUGUGCCUGGGACUCUUAAUGAGGCAGCUGGUAUGGAGGCCUUCAGCAGUGGGCAUGGCGUACCCAGCGAGCUGCAGGGGAUUUCAGAGCGCACCUUGCUGGAGCUGACCCGGGGCAAGCCCUUGUCGUCUCACCCCAGGGCCUGGUUUGUGUCCUUAGACGGGAAGCCGGCCGCCCAGGUUCGCCACUCUAUUAUUGAGCUUCAGGGCCGCCACCGCCCGCCGAGCAGCAACGACACAAGCCUGGACUCUGGGGUGGACAUGAACGAGCCUCUGCAGAACAUCCGGGAGACAGAGCGUGACAGGCCUUCGAUCAGGGCAUCUUCCCUGUCGCACCACAGCCGAGGGGGGCGUUACAGCGAAGAGCAGGACCUGAGCAGUAGUGAGAGUGGCACAACAGCCACCUGUACACCAGAGGACCCUUCCCUGAGGAACAUUUUAGACGGGAGCAGUGGGGCUAUUCCCAACAUUCCUGAAGAGCGAGACGGGAUGGAUACAUCCAGCGCUCAGGAGGACAGCGAGUCGAGAGGUACGCCGCCUCCACGUCGCCUGAGGAAAGUGAGGGAGAAGGGGAAGACGGAAAAGAGGAGUGCCAAGCAUGUACGCGAGGGGAGACCUCUGACCAAGCGAAGUUAGAGCAUGGCAAACAUCGAGACAAGCAUUUUUUUCAUCAGUGCUUAAUUUAAAUGUCCACGGUUGACCAUUUCACCGAUUUUGAGCUAUUUUCAUCACAUGAUGUCACAUCAGUGCUGAGUAAUCCAAAUUAGUUUUUAACCACUUGUGCUCACACAGGCAUUGUUGUUGUUGAGUUAUGUAAUUGUACAACUUUGCCAAAGAAUGCAUAAGCUAGCUCAAGAAGUAAAACAGGAUCUAUGUCAUGUUCAAGCAUUAUGUAGCUGCUGUUAAGACGAGUUUGUGCACCACCUUCAUCAAUUUUCUCGAAUCUGAAGAUCACCAGCGAGAUUCUUCACAGCAAAAUGUCCGUGUGAACACGAUGUCCCAUUGUCCCCAGUACUGGCAUUAUAGAGGGUGCCUUCUUACUGCCUGUAGUCAUUACAUGUGAUUACAAAAGGCACGGUAUUUGUCUAUAUUUAGUAAAAUCUGGUGAGUUUGCAGGACGGACACAGAUACAGGUCUAUGUGUAGUGCACUUAUCCUCACCAUAAAUGCCUGCUGUAAAUUAAAUAAGAUAAAGAAGCUUUCCCGGUUUUCAGUGCUGACAUCUUGUUUCAAUCACAUUGCCUCAUUUUGCUUAAAAAGAAACUCUGGGGUUCAUGAAAAGACUUAAAGGUUUUUAACUCACGACAUGAAAUACUCAAUUAUAUCAGAGUAAAAUGCAGAUGAACAUUGUAAAAUUAAAGCUGCCAUUUUGAAGUCGUCACAUCUCAUAUUCAAGGAUUUAAGCCUACGGUUACUUGCGAAUGCAUGAAAAUGAAUGUUUUCUCGUGUGUAUGAAAAUAUUUUGUGUUUUAAUGUAGAGCUAACAUUACGUCAUCGUAGCUGUUAGAUUACCUGUGGACUGAAUGAUUCAUAUCAUUGUCUAGUCCUGAAAGGAGUAUUGUGCUGCCAACUGUAACUACUGUAAGGAACUAUUGUAACAAUAGUACCCAAAGACUUCUACACUAUGAUUAUCCGUGAAUACAUUUUAAACCACAUCCAUCAACAGUAAAGAGGUGGCUCGGUACGCGUUAGCUGAAUUGGCACUACAACAUGUCAAAGUCGUGUGUUAUGGGAUUAGUGGGACUGGAAAGUGUGGGGCAAUUCUGUCUGAAGCAACUGAUGGUACAACCAGCUACUGUUAACAGACUGAGAAAGAAGUCAUUUCUGAUUGGUUGGAAGGGUGCUGUUAAAAUUAUUAUAACUGCACAGCUCUGAGGUCACAAUUUGAUAUAUUAAUUCAUAUUAACAAUUUGCAGUGUUAAGUAAAGGAGGCCAACGCCCUCUGCUUAGUCCCCCAAAGUUAUGCAUUAGUAUUAUUUUCGUUUUUAAUAACAUUUAGUAUUAUCCCUUGUAAUUAUUUCCAUACAUGCAUUCGGUGCCUUGGAGUUUUGCAUUCACAACCUGUGGUUCCAAACCUCUUAAUACGUUUGACAAAAAUAUAUUUACUUCCUGAUCAACGUGACCUUGGGAUGGGAUUACCUUUUUUAAAAUUUAGAGAUAUGACUCAAGAAAGAAAGAUGUUUUUUAACUGAUUUUUUCAGUUGAAAGCUUGACGAUAAUGGUGCUGAACAUAUGGUCCCCAGAGUGGUCGUGGGCUCUAGGGAUGGCAAUAUCGGUCCACAGUUGGUCGGUCACUCCUCUACACUGGUCCAGACUGAAAUAUCUCAACAACUAGUUGAUGGAUUGCCAUCAAAUGUUGUACAGACAUUCAGGGUGCCCAGAUGAUGAGUCCCUCUGACUCUGGUGAUUAAUCUUCUUCUAGCGCCACCAUGAGGUUGACAUUUGUGGUUUUGUGUGAAAGACUAUUGGAUGGAUUUCCUCAUUCUGAAUUGUAAUAAGCCAGUCAGGUCAUAUUUAAUUUCGUCCAAUACUAACUAAAUAUUUACAAAACUACAUUCCCACCAGCCUCAGCUGUUAUUAGUGUUUACUUCUAAUUAAAAAAUGUUAGCACUACUGUGGUUAAGAACAACCUCACAGAGCCAGUAAUAUGGGUGUUAACCCUUAGUCUUGUUUGGGUUUAAGCAAUUUCCAACAAAUAUGUAUACAGAAGUAUUUUACUGAGGUAAAAUGUAAAACAACACAGUCACAUGUAUGCCUGCGUUUCAUAUCUGUCCUCUACUAAUUGACAUGGCAGCUUUUGUCUUGAGUCAAAUGAAGCACACCACACUUUAAUAUGAGCCCAUUUGUUACACUGGCACACAGCUUUCCCACAAACCUAUUGAAUUUUUCAGUGUGUAAAUACAACAGUGGCAACGCUACAAUAAUGAAUACCGAUAUCAUUGGUCAUUCAUGAUAAAGUUUGGCAAAACACUCACCAUGAACACCAUAAAGUGGUUCUACUAGCAAUAUUUACCAUAAAUUACAAUUUAAAGAGUAACUUGCAGCCACAUUUUUGCUAUAUUUAGUCUUCCGUCAUCGUACUACUGUAAAUCUUUCACAGAUGAGUUCAUUUUGUAUGUAUAAGGCUCGAUUCAGCUACCUUCAUGUGUUCUUUUGUAUGUACUGUAUAUAGUAAAGCAACAUUUUAUGUAUUAUGUGGCUGUGAUUUAAUUUAUUUUGUGCUGUUUUUCUCCCAUCUUAAAGUGGGAGAAAUGUGUGUCCAGUGAAUGAAUUGAAUGACAAGGUUUUGAGCCAGUGUCAUAUGAGAGACGUUAUCAAUAUUCCUUUUUUUUUUAAGGUUAGCGUAAAGGGUGAGUGUCUUUUCAAGGGAGUGUCUAACAAGCCUGAGCUUUGUAAUUUUAAAUGUAGCAACAAGUUGAGCACUUAAUCAUUCAGUAUGCUUACAAAUGAAAAUACUUUCUCCUGCUAGUCAUCAGCUUGAAAAUACAGUAUAUCCCAGCUUACUCAACAACGCGAGGAGUAGUUUGUGAACACUUUGUGCUGAUAAUUCUUGACAAGCAAAUCAAACCUACUGCCACUCCAUUUUUAAAGUGAUUUUUGCUGAAUGUAUUUGUAUUGAUUUUAAUGUUCUAUAGUGUGCUCCUCUUGUGUCUAGCCAUUGAACUUCAUGGGCUUUUGUUUAUUUCAAAAUGGGCACCUCUUGUGUUUACCUCUGUAAUGAUAGUAGUGUUAUUAGUCUUGCCUUUUUGUGCACUAAAUUAAUAAAGUUACUUGAUACCAA